AUGGUCCUGUGGACCGGUUGGACCAACCGGCCAGUUGGUCCUGUGGACCGGUUGGACCAACCGGCCUGUUGGUCCUGUGGACUGGUUGAACCAACCGGCCUGUUGGUCCUGUGGACCGGUUGGACCAACCGGCCUGUUGGUCCUGUGGACCGGUUGGACCAACCGGCCUGUUGGUCCUAUGGACCGGUUGGACCAACCGGCCUGUUGGCCCUGUGGACCGGUUGGACCAACUGGCCUGUUGGUCUUAUGGACCGGUUGGACCAACCGGCCAGGUGGUCCUAUGGACCAGUUGGACCAACGGGCCUGUUGGUCCUGUGGACCGGUAGGACCAACCGGCAUGUUGGUCCUGUGGACCCGUUGGACCAACCGGCGUGUUGGUCCUUUGGACCCGUUGGACCAACGGGCCAGUUGGUCCUGUGGACCAGUUGGACCAGUAGGCCUGUUGGUCCUUUGGACGGGUUGGACCAACCGGCCAGUUGGUCCUGUGGACCGGUUGGACCAACCGGCCAGUUGGUCCUGUGGACCGUUGGUCCUGUGGACCGGUUGGACGAACCGGCCAGUUGGUCCUGUGGACCGGUUGGACGAACCGGCCUGUUGGUCCUGUGGACCGGUUGGACCUACCGGCCUGUUGGUCGUGUGGACCGGUUGGACCAACCGGCUUGUUGGUCCUAUGGACCGGUUGGACCAACCGGCCUGUUGGUCCUGUGGACCGGUUGGACCAACCGACCUUUUGGUCCUGUGGACCGGUUGGACCAACCGGCCUGUUGGUCCUGUGGACCCGGUUGGACCAACCGGCCUGUUGGUCCUGUGGACCGGUUGGACCAGCCGGCCUGUUGGUCCUGUGGACCGGUUGGACCACCCGGCCAGUUGGUCCUGUGGACCGGUUGGACCAACCGGCCUGUUGGUCCUGUGGACCGGUUGGACCAACGGCCUGUUCGUCCUGUGGACCGGUUGGACCAACCGGCCUGUUGGUUCUGUGGACCGGUUGGACCAACCGGCCUGUUGGUCCUGUGGACCGGUUGGACCAACCGGCCUGUUGGUCCUGUGGACCGGUUUGGACCAACCGACCUUUUGGUCCUGUGGACCGGUUGGACCAACCGGCCUGUUGGUCCUGUGGACCGGUUGGACCAACCGGCCUGUUGGUCCUGUGGACCGGUUGGACCAGCCGGGCCUGUUGGUCCUGUGGACCGGUUGGACCACCCGGCCAGUUGGUCAUGUGGACCGGUUGGACCAACCGGCCUGUUGGUUCUGUGGACCGGUUGGACCAACCGGCCAGUUGGUCCUGUGGACCGGUUGGACCAACUGACCUGUUGGUCCUGUGGACCGGUUGGACCAACCGGCCAGUUGGUCCUGUGGACCGGUUGGACCAACCGGCCUGUUGGUCCUGUGGACCGGUUGGACCAACCGGCCUGUUGGUCCUGUGGACCGGUUGGACCAACUGACCUGUUGGUCCUGUGGACCGGUUGGACCAACCGGCCAGUUGGUCCUGUGGACCGGUUGGACCAACCGGCCUGUUGGUCAUGUGGACCGGUUGGACCAACCGGCCUGUUGGUCCUGUGGACCGGUUGGACCAACCGGCCAGUUGGUCCUUUACACCGGUUGGACCAACCGGUCUGUUGGUCCUAUGGACCGGUUGGACCAACCGGCCUGUUGGUCCUGUGGACCGGUUGGACCAACCGGCCUGUUGGUCCCGUGGACCGGUUGGACCAACCGGCCUGUUGGUCCUGUGGACCGGUUGGACCAACCGGCCUGUUGGUCCUGUGGACCGGUUGGACCAACCGGCCUGUUGGUCCUGUGGACCGGUUGGACCAACCGGCCAGUUGGUCCCGUGGACCGGUUGGGACCAACGGGCCUGUUGGUCCUGUGGACCGGUUGGACCAACCGGCCUGUUGGUCCUGUGGACCCGUAGGACCAACCGGCCUGUUGGUCCUUUGGACCCGUUGGACCAACGGGCCUGUUGGUCCUGUGGACCGGUUGGACCAACCGGCCUGUUGGUCCUUUGGACCCGCUGGACCAACCGGCCUGUUGGUCCUUUGGACCCGUUGGACCAACCGGCCUGUUGGUCCUGUGGACCGGUUGGACCAACCGGUCUGUUGGUCCUGUGGACCGGUUGGACCAACUGGCUUGUUGGUCGUGUGGACCGGUUAG